CCAAAUUGGUCAACCACCUUAUGACCAUUACUUAUUACCUAGGUACCUAGGUUGUUCAAGCAUCUUAUCUCGGCACUGGCGGCCAGCUACCAACCACUUGUUCUGACCGUAUAUAACAAAUCAUUGUGUUUCUCCCUUCAGUGUCUGACCCCAUCACGCAAGUUUCACACCUGACUCCCAUGCUGCUACCUACUAGACCUUUGCGUCAAUAGUGUGGAACUACGAUUCCACAAUGCCAGACUCCACGAUCGCAAGUUCACAAACACCGCGCAAGCUCACCCGCGCCACAGCUGCAUGCGCUGUAUGCAGGCAGAAAAAGGUCAAAUGCUUUUUCAGGGAGGGCCAAACGGCCUGUUCGACUUGCCAGAAGGACAAUUUGGAAUGCAUCAUCUUGUCGGAUGACCGGCGCAAAAAUCCGCGAUCUCAGGCCUACACUUAUGUUCUCGAAGACCGCAUUCGAUAUCUGGAGUCUUUCGUUCAACGAGUAGUGUAUCAAAAGCCAUCUCUGGAGCAGACGAGCACUGGCAGCCAGCACAAAUCCUUCCCUAUUCCGCACGAGCAAGCAGGGCCGCCGUUCCCACCAGCCGAUGCCCUCUGGGAGAACCCCGUCGAGCGAUCCAGGCAAAGCCGAGAAUUCCCGCCCCUAGACCACCACCAUGAUGGCAAUAGGACAAGCGAUGCGGACGGCCCUGCUAUGUCUACGAGCCUCUCACAGGAAGAGAAAGACCAGCUAGACGCCUACUGGUCGACAUGUAACGCUGUUUUGCCUUUGGUGGUCCAGUCACUAUUUGAAGCUGAUCGAGCAGCACGCAGGUUGCGAUAUUACUCACGUACGCUUCAAGCCUGCAUGAUUGCGACAGGGGCCCUCUAUGCUGCCGCCGAUCCAUCACGGCAACGUCAUUUCCAUAGGGUCGCCCGCAAUUUCAGUAUCGAUGACUUCGCCCACGAAUGCGUGGCAACCGUCCAAAGUUUCUUGUUGCUGGCGGACCUGGAAUGCGCCAUCGGUAAUCUACAAAGGGCUAGGGCACAUCAUGUUGAAGCAGGGAAAAUGUUGACUCGGAUACUCGAGACAACGACCUCAGCCCAAGCCGACGAGGCUGUUUAUCGCACAGUGAUCUUCUACACAGUUACCUCACAGUUUUGGCAUACCAUUCCCAGCGCAACUCGUGUUCAACGCCGACCAGGAUACCCAACAUCGAAUAAUGACUCCGCGUUUCGAGAAGCUUUGGCUCAUUGCGCACUUCUUUGUUCGGGCGCUCAGGCAAGACGCUCGGUUUGUGACAGUUGGAUCGAAUUUAUUGGAAUUGCCACGGCCGCAACGACCCUGGCACAGUCAAAUUCCAGUACCGAAUAUGCGCCCGACCUCGAACGACUGGCCGGCGUGGACGCCGGCUGUCAUCGUUGGUAUUCUCGACUUUCGUGGGAUUGGAGAUGUCUAUCUCAGAGCCGCCAUCCACCUUCGGCCGAAGUGUUUGUCCUGCUUAUGUUUUACCACUCAACACUCAUAUGCUUGCAUCGGAGAACUGCCGGCUACCACAUGACCGUUGACAGAAGUACCGGCGGGUCGACUUGGUCCAAAGACAUGUUGUCUUCCAUCUCGCGAAAUGCAUGCUUGAAAAACUCCAUCAGAUUAUCCGAAGUUAUCACCGGAUAUGAACAGCAUUAUCAAGUAACCCACUUAGGUGUCCGGGCAGUCUACUUCGUUUUGGCGGCCUCAGCUGUUUUGGCGGAUGAAAUAUAUGCGGAAGGACUCAAGAGCGAACUUGAGAUCGGACACCUCUCCGCCUUGUCAGAUACCCUCACAGAGCUUUCAGGGAGCUUUCAGCUUGCCGAACGGCCUGCGAAGCUGCUCUCUAAGCUCGUCGGUAUGGCACAAUCAGGUUCUGGGCUGGACCCGGGUCCUGGUACGGAUUUUCUGACUUAUCUGAUGGACUCGAUUGGCGUGGAUUGAGAAGUAAGGGUGCGAAUUGAGCAGCUCGGGUAGCGAGAUGGCCGUUCCCAAAUCAUUGGCAGUCGUCCUUUGCCGGUCUGCACCGGCUUUAUGUAGGAAUAUGCUUCUCUGUCAAAUUCCAUGUCAUGUGACCGUUGACGGCUUUUCGUCGCUGGACAGAGAAAGAUCUACUGCACCAGCCACAAGAUCAAGUAUAUACGAGUCUUCAUCUUCGGUAUGAGGCGUCUCCUCUGGCGACUGCGUCACCAGCUGCUCGAGAUCAAGCCGAGCUCGUUUGGUGGCACGCACAUGAGAACUUUCCUGGCUUGACGCCAGGGUUGCAACCCAACUCAGAAGCUGGUAUGUGGGUUUGACACCGCAGAGACGUUCGGCCAAAGCGUUCAGUGAUAUCAUGAUCUCCGAACGCUGGCUUACGGUCAAGCAAGAUGAUUGCCCGCCGGUGGCAUGCCAGUCUACCUCACAGACAGCAAGAGGCAAAGCGAUCCAAGCGGUCCUGGUGAUCGACGGAAUCGUUAGCCAAGAGUGUUCAAUGGUCGUGGUGCCAGACGAGGUACUCACACCGCAAGAGGGACGUGCUCGACUUUGCUUUCGGAGAAGAUCUGAUGGACCGUUUUGACCACCUUCGCAGACGCUUCCUUUACCUUGGUGGCGGCUAGGGUGCGGAAACGGACGCCGAGAGGACUUUCAUGAAGGUUACAUUUCAGGUAUGGGCGGUAAAGAGCAGCGAAGAGUGAACUGUGUACUGUCAGUAAUGCGAGCCACGGGCCGGGUGAGAUGCAUGCAGAAUAAGGUGGACUUACAGGUUGACGAGCUGCGGGAAGCGCAACGGCACUCUGCUCAUUUCUGCAGAUUCCUUCACCAUGGCAAAUCCCAACUCCUGUUUGAAUCUGGUUUUCCACUCCUUGAGCUGAGAUUCAUAGGCCGAACACUGCAUCAACUCCUCCAACAGCAAGUCGUGGUUCGCGCUCGAGACAUCACGCCAUUCCCAUUGGAACUUGCGGUUGGCGUGAAAAGUACCUAUGCCACAAAUCAGUGGAAUAAGGUUGCACAUCCAAAUAAAAGCCGACAUCAUGACUCUCUUUGAUUCAACACCCAUGAAUUGAGGACAGACGGCUUCGGCUCCGAAAUCCGCGGUCGUGACUGGUCCCCAGCGAGACUCGAUCUUGUGCAAGCGGUGUAGGCGCCGCAACCCGACGCUGACCAGGCGAUCCCUGAGCACGCAGGACCACCAGAUGAUCUUCCGCCGAGAAAACAUUGUUCCGCUGUCGAAGUCGGGAUCCCCCAGUCUCGCUUGUCUGGCAUGAAAGAAAGCCCGAUGCACCCAGCGAGAGUUCACUUGGGUGUCGAGAUCAAAUGGACUCCAGUAACUGAGUAGUAGACAGGUGCACGUAAGCGUGGUCUGAUUUGUAUAGGUAGAACUGUUCUUGUACAGAGACUAGGGGAGCCCGAUUAGUAUCACAGGUUGUUCCCCCAUCUUUAGCCCGUUCGGAAAAGGGGCGUACCUUGACGUGCUCCAGCAGCGCCUUCUGACCUGCAACGACGGUGGACGCCGAGCUCAUCUCCAAUGCUGAAUUUCCCACGUGCUGUUCCAUUGUGAGAAAGAAAUGGCAACUUCAAGAGCCUGGGUGAGUCCAGCUUGUGAGGGAAUAAUACUAACCGCAAACGCGACGAACAUCAUUGCCAGGAAGAGCAUCACAUCAAACCUAGAAAAUAAGUCCUCC